GUCAGCAGCAGACCAGCAGUCAGUUCAGUAUCAAUUCAACUGUGAAAGGGGUGGUCGACGCAGCCGCUGUCGUAAACGACAAGUGCCUAAUAAGAUAUUAUAAUGUCUAAUAAGCCAGGAACAUUCAAGAAUCCAUUCUCGAGGCCAUGGAUGACAGAAACUGGCGCAGCGGCUGCGGCAGGGGGAAACGGGUCUCUGGGAUUGAAAGGUGUUGUGGCCGGCGCAAUAACUGGUGGCAUUGAAAUUUGUAUUACAUUCCCGACGGAAUAUGUUAAAACACAGCUGCAAUUGGAUGAAAAAGGUGGUACUAAGAAGUACUCUGGUAUUUUCGACUGUGUCAAGAAGACAGUGAAGGGUCAUGGCUUCUUCGGACUCUACAGAGGUCUUAGCGUGUUGCUCUAUGGUUCGAUACCGAAGUCUGCUGUCAGAUUCGGUGUAUUCGAACAAGCUAAGUAUUACAUGGUGAAUGAGAAAGGGUCCCUAUCGACUACCGGCAAGCUGGCUUGCGGUCUGGCAGCGGGAGUGGCGGAGGCCGUGUUAGUGGUGACCCCCAUGGAGACUGUCAAGGUCAAGUUCAUCAACGACUUGAGGCUGGAGAAGCCACGCUUCAAGGGAUUCUUCCACGGAGUAAGGACCAUUGCGAGGGAAGACGGACCGGGAGGCUUGUACAAGGGCCUCUCAGCAACCAUCAUGAAGCAGGGCAGCAACCAAGCCAUUAGGUUCUUCGUGAUGGAGACUCUCAAGGACUGGUACAAGGGUGGUGACCGCGACAAGCCGGUGCCUAAGUACAUAGUCGGUGUCUUCGGUGGUGUCGCUGGAGCAGCCUCUGUCUUCGGUAACACGCCGAUAGAUGUCGUUAAGACCCGCAUGCAGGGUCUCGAGGCCGCCAAGUACAAGAGCACGUGGGACUGCUUCAUCAAGACUUGGAGGUCGGAAGGUCCCCUCGCCUUCUACAAAGGUACGGUCCCCAGGCUGAGUCGCGUGGUCUUCGACGUUGCCAUCACCUUCACCAUAUACGACUCCAUCAUGGAUGCCUUCAAUUUAAUAUGGAAGUAAGGAAUGGGAUAUGUGACGGUAGAAUUAUGGAUAGGUACUUUUUAGCGUUGGUGGUAAAGGAAGAUGGAUUUGGAUUGUUCAGUAAGGAUUAGUCAGUUGGCCCAAAAAUGCGGCCUAGUGGUGUACCUAAAGUAAUAAUCUUUGAUUGGCUGGCACAACAACUAUAUAUAAACUAUUUACAAAUAAUACUUUGCUUAAACAUGUGACCCAUUUGUCCGCAUUAAUUUGGAGUAAUAACAAGUGAAACAGACUAAAAAGAACUAAAGCCAAACUUGUAUAAUACAACAAAUUGAUGAAAUUGCGACAUUAAUGGUACGUUCCAAUGCGAUAACGGUAUUAUAAAACAAGCAUAUAGUAAUUGCAAAUUGUAUUUUUUUAAUGCGAGCCAAACAAACAUUUUCUUUUACUAAAGAUUUUCGGAAUGAUGAGAAAUUUAUAUCAAUAUGCAACGCUAAUAAGUACAGAUUUGUUAACAAAAGCGAAAGAUGUGCCUCUGAAUGUUUUUGAUAUCAGAGUUAACUCAUAGAAACGUAGACGUUAAUGAAUUUAAUACUGUUUCCUAGUAAUGAAAUAAUAUAUUGAAUCAAUAGUGUGACAAAUGUUAUUGUAGAUAAAUUAUGUGAAGGGAAAAAUGAAAUGUUGACUAACAAAGUUUUUUCCUUAGAUAAAUCGAAUAUUUUACACUUUCAUUUGUCUAUCGUGAAAAGUGGGAGAAAGGUUUUAUACUGUGUACCUCACUUCAAUUUUUGUCAUGUUAAAAGCUGAAGCUGAAAGUACGUCCUAAACAUACAUUUACAUAUUUUUGUGUGUUCAAUUAUAAAAUCAUAAUUUCUUUUACAAUUAUUUUGGAAGCCAUACACCGUCACAUUAUCUUAAGUUAUUAAAUAGACUCAUUAUUUAAUAUAGAUGUACAAAUAUGCUUAAGCUGCCGAUGUGGGAUGCUACUAUAAGUGGAAAUGAUAUUGUUUAUACUAAGUAUGUUAGGCUCGGUAUAGACUUGCUGGCGAUUUGCUUGGACACAAACCUUCAGAAAUAACUUAAUAAAACCUUUUUAGUCGACUGUCGUUGAAAGUCUUCUACAGAUCAGCUAUAUUCGAUAUAGUUUAGUUAACACCUUUUGUAGGUGUACAAAAAUCUGCCUGAAUAGCUAUUAGUUAUAAGCUAAGUUCAGUAAAUAUGAAUACUUUAUUAAAUUAUAAAGUAGACUUACUAUAUGACUAUUAGCAGAAAAUCGUCUAAAAUACCUUCCUAUCUUUGAUAUUAUAGUUUUGAGUUAUCAAGCAAUCGCUCACAAUUAUAUACCAGUCUUAAGGUGCAUUGAAAAUAUAUUUUUUUAGAACUUAUCAGAGGUCUACCAACACACUUUGAAAGUAACGUUGUAGUAGUGUGGAAGCGAGACAGAGCAUAACAUGCGUAGAGCAGCCUCUCUCUCACACAGUCUUACUUUAAGAGUAACUGUAAUGGUACGCCUCUAGUAAGAUGAUAUUGUUUUUGUGUUGUUAUUUGUAGUUAUUUGUUGACACCAUCCAGGGUUUUUAUUUAUGUAUUUAUCAUUUUUAUUGCGUUAUUAAUUUACAACAAAACGGGAUUUUGUAUGUAAUUUUACCGGGUGUAAUAUGGCUGUAUUAUUUUACUAUAUUUUUGAACGCCGACGUUGAUUCUAGUUAUUAUCCCUAAGGGAUUAUUCCAAACGUUUUAUACAUUGUUGCUGUACAAAGAACAUUUUCUAUAUUUUUAUAAUGUGAAACCUGUCAUGUUUUAUUGACUUUUGAUGAUACAAUGUACUUGUUUCUACUAAUGUUUGUCGAGAAUAUAUUCACUGUCUGAAAAAGACAUACACGUUUAUAAAUGUAUUGUUCUAUACAA